CAGAAACUAUAUCGGGUUACGCCAAAAUCAUAUAACCAAAUUAUAAAUAAUUUUAAAGCCGGCCUCUCUGCAUUCCCCGAUAUUUCUCGGCAUUUGCGCUUGCUGCUGCCACGGGCACACUGCGGACACACUCCCAAAGAAAAUCGAAACGAAACGAGUAGACGAAGGAAUCGGAACAGGACUCGAUUUGCCGGGUGUGUUAGGACAUUGAGUGGCGAACGCUACUCAUUGGGUAGUCGGCACAGCACGGAGCAACAUGUGGCACGAGGCUCGCAAGCAGGAGCGCAAGAUCCGCGGCCUGAUCGUGGACUACCGCAAGCGAGCGGAGCGGCGUCAGUACUUUUACGACAAGAUCCAGGCGGAUCCCACGCAGUUCCUUCAGCUGCACGGUCGGCGCAGCAAAAUCUAUCUGGACCCCGCGGUGGCCGCCGCCGGCGAUGGAGCCGCAAUCAUAGUGCCUUGGCAGGGUCAGCAGGAUAACCUCAUUGACCGUUUCGAUGUGCGCGCUCAUCUGGACCAUAUCCCGGCCGUAACCAAGGGUGGUGGCGAAGGAGCAGAGGCGGAUUCAGAGCUCACCGCCGAGGAGCGUCAGCUUAACUAUGAGCGCUACCGUAUUCUGGCUCAGAACGACUUUCUUAACGUCAGCGAGGAUAAGUUCCUGCAUCAGCUCUACCUGGAGGAGCAGUUUGGAGCUAAUGCCCAGCUGGAGGCGGAACGCAAUCUGGCCAAAAAGAAGCAGAAAUCGGGGGGAGCCACCAUAGGCUACUCGUAUGAUGAUGCUAGUGAUGCAGCCACCAUUGGUCCUCAGCCCUUUGGGGCGGCCAGUUCGGUGGCAACUGCGGGAGGAGGAUCAGCAGCAGCACCAGGAGUGAUUUCCAAGGGCGACAAGGGGGAGGGCUCUGACGAAUCCGAUUCGGACAUCGAUAUGGACGUGUCCAUUGACAUCGGUAAAUUGGACACCGCCCAGGCCCACGAGCUUAACGCCUGCGGGCGAAAUUACGGCAUGAAGAGCAAUGACUUCUUCUCACACUUGACCAAGGAUGCAGAUGAGGCGGAUGCCUUGCGCAUCGCCCGCGAAGAGGAACAGGAAAAGAUGCUGCUGAGCGGACGCAAAUCGCGCCGCGAGCGCCGGGCCCAAAAAGAGCGUAGGAUUGCCAAUAGACCCUUUAGUCCGCCGAGCUACGCAGCCAAGGAGGACAAGGACAAAAAGGCCGGCGGCAAGGGUAACGAUAAGGACAAGGAGGAGGACAGCGACUCGAGGUCGCCUUCGCCAGCCGAUGCGGGCCCUGAGAAGAUCACCUAUAUUACCUCAUUCGGUGGCGAGGACGAAAUGCAGCCGCAUUCCAAAAUCACCAUCAACCUGACAAAGCCUGGCCUGACGUUGGGUGAGUCCUGCAUUAAUGCAAGCAGCGGAGCGGCCAGUGCGUCUGCCGCCUCCUCGGUUUCUUAUGCCCAAAAGGUAAAGGACAACCUAGACAAACUGAAGAUGAUGAAUGAGUCGGCCAAGCGCAACAGGCGCCGCUCUCGUUCGUACUCCCGGUCUCGUUCCCGCUCAAGAAGUGGCUCUGCCUCCAGGAGUCGCAGUGGCAGUCGGAGGAGAAGUCGGCGGAGUCGCAGCUACCACAGAAGAAGCAGAACUCGCUCGCGUCGCCGGCGCAGAUUCUACUCCAGAUCAAGGUCUAGAUCUAGGUCCCGGUCGAGAUCCAGAUCCCGCACCAGGUCUAGAUCCAGGUCCCGUACCCGCUCGCGGUCUAGCUCGUGGAAGCGCUACAAGUCGCGCAGCCCUAGCUACAAGCGGUCCAGGAAGCGCUAUUCCUACUCCUCGCGCAGCUCCAGUGGUAGCUCCUACAGGCGAAGAAGUCGCUCCCGCUCUCACUCCAAGAAGAAGGUCGCACCCAUGUCUGCAUCAACAAUUGCCGGCUAUUGCCUGAGCACCACAACUACUACGACCACAUCUACAGUGAAGAUGCUCCAGCAGCAGCAGCAGGCGCCUCUGGUCAAAGCUGCUCCUCCCAUGAUUAGCUAUCCAUUACCAUCACGAGUUCUUAACUUAAACCAAUCGGGGACAGCAAGCGCUCCCGCUCCAGUGCAACCGCAAGUAGUGGAGCCACCACCCCCGCCACUAAAGCGCUACUACGGGAGGAAGAGAGCAAAUGAUACGUCGUCCUCAUCGUCGUCGGGGGCGGAGGCCAGCGAGGCCAGCGACAACGAGGAUCUGCAGCAGCAGCAGUUGGGCAAAAGAGCUGAGGAUUCCGAUGAAAUGGAAGUGGACACUGCGUCAGAGCGCUCCCAUGCUCUCCAGCCGGCCAUGUCUUCAUCGAGCAGCACGGGUAAUCAAACAGGCAAAUAUAGUUCAGCUACCGAAACCAAAGGCUCUGGACAUCCGAGCAGUGGUGGUCGACCAAAUUUGCGCGAGCGGCUUAAGCGAAAGAUGCAGAACCUGCUAAACCGGCAAUAUAAAGCUGACAAGCGGGCAGAAAUUGAAAAAACGGAACGAGAGCGACUGCAGCAACAGGAGCGGGAGGACGAAAUGCGAGAGCUGGCGCUAAAGCUGCGUCGGAGGCGUCGCGAGCUACGCCACAAAUAUGGCACGCCCUCCAGCGGAAAGCUCUCAGGCAGCGAGGCGGAAUCGGUGGCAUCGGAAAGCCAGCUGGCCAAGUCCUCUACCCGUCGCAGUCGGAGCAGGUCGCCAAGUCGCCGGCGCACUCCUCCCCCGGAUCCGCACAGCAGGCGGAGCAGCAGCCGAACGGAACGUAGGCUACGGACAAGAACGCCUAGUCCCAGGUAUAACCGGAGGCAGCGUUCGCGCUCCAGGAGCGGCAGCCGCGUGGAACGGAAACGUCGUUCCCACAGUCGCCGGCGCAGUGGCAGUCGGGAUCGCCGUCGUUCACGCAGUCGGCGAAGUCAGUCCCGGCGAAGGAGGCAGCGGGACCGCAGCAUUGAGCGAAAUCGAGAGCGGGAACGGUACAGGCAGCAGUAUCAACAGCAGCAGCACGAGCGGAUGCGGGGACGUGAUCGCGACAGAGAGGCGGACUACGGUCAUGGCGGCAGCGGCAACAGCGGUUCGUCAAAUCGAGGGCGCGUUGUUAUCUCGGCCCCACCAAAGCUCAAGAAAUUGGUCGACUAUUGACCUGGCGUAUUGCUGUGAAGGAGACUUUUUGUACUCACUUGAUUAAACUCUUGAUAUUCGCUAGAUUGUUUAUAGCCAUAGGACUAUUUUCUAAAGCGUGUGCUGCGCUAACUGUUGAUUUUGGCCAAUAAAGUAAUUUAAGCAAUAGCAGAUCCGAUUUCUUUUCUGCGGA